AAGCUUGGGAGGCUUCUGUGGAGGAAGAUGAUUCAAACACUGUCUGUCCUGCCUACGUGAGGAGGUGAAGGGCUGCUGCUCGUCCCUGGGCUACGUUUGAGCCGUUACUUCUAUACAUCCCAAGAAGGAAUAACAACGCGGAGGUCACCUGUAUCAUUCAGAUAGCUGUGGUUUAGAAAAACCUAGAAAUGUAAGACUUUUUUUCUGUAAUGGAUCUUUGUUCAAGUCCCAGUUAUGACACCUUACGGAGGCCGUAUUCCAGGAGAAAUUUAAUGAAGGUAGUGGUAUGUUGGAAGUGGAGGGAGGAAGAGAGCAGCUAGCCAGAGCCCAGGUAUUUGCCCUGGCUCCUCUCAUCCUCAGUUUUACAUCGUGACCAAAUGUCUCAUGGCUGCCAGAAUCAGGCCCUAAGAAAGCUAGUUUCUAAGUGAGUCCAGAGUAAGGUAGGCUUAGCAUAAUUUUUCUGACGCUCUCAGAGCCGUGAAAUUCUGCAGGGUCCAACAAGGUGUCGCAGCUCUGGCAGAGAGACACCACCGCUCAAACUGCCCUUCUGCGACUUUCUAAAGCCUAAAAAGAUCUUUAAAGACCACCAUACGUACAUGCACUUCACCUCUCUGGAAAGGAGACAGGCUUGUGUCGGUCACUUUGGGAGGAGAUCUGUUUUCUGUGGAAUACACGGGCGAGCAAGCUGGCGGGAGGCAGGUCCAGAUGCCUUGCUCCUUCCUAGGGCCUGGACCUUGCCGAAGGAUGGUCCUUCUUAAUCCCGGUGCUUCCCCCAAAACUACCAUUUUGCAGUCUUUAUUGCGGGUUUGGAAAUUUUGAUACCACAGAGGCCAAACAUUCAGAAAUCAUUACACUCCCUUAAUUUUUUUUUUUUUUUUUCAAACAAAUACACUUAGGGUAAAUAUCCUCUGGCUUGUAAGCUCUAAAAUACAUUUGGGCAAUUUCCCAUAUUUUUCUCUCUAAUCACAAAAGCAAAAUACUUACCUUAAUUUUUUUCUUAUCUAGUGACAUGAUUCCUGGGGCUGGGGACUCCAUGAGAGUGCAAAAUAUGAAAAAUAGCCUAUAUCUAGUGACACAUGUCCUCAGUUUUGGCCCAAGCAGAGACAAAGCAGCAACACUUGCAUGUACCAGACAAGAGGAGUGUUAGAUUACAUUUGGAAGCUUCUGUGGACAUUGAAUUACUGGAAGAGAAAUUAUUCUAGUGAUUAUUUAUCAGAGGAUCAGCAGAAAUGGCAACUCAGACCUGAGGUGAUAAAAAAAGACAAGGCUGGGAAGAGAUAACUCUUCUGUGCAUUCUGUAUUACAUUUCAGCAUUGAAAGUUAUAUAAAGUGGCAAUACAUUUUUUUUAGCAGAAAACCUGACCAGUUAAGUUAUUUAUGUUAUCCUCUGUAUCGCAAGGAAAAAAUAGUCUAUUUCAAUUGUUUAUAUAUAUUUGAGUUAUGGAAAGUUAUAAGUAAAGCUGGUAGAAACACGUUUGAAACAGAAGUAUGGACAUGAUUCAAUGGUUAACUUAUUUCCUAAAUGAAUGAGAAAGGAAACAGGUUGCUGCAAGCUUCUACUCUCACUUCCUUAUGAGAGAAGACAUAGAGGCUGUCUGAUAAAGAACGGGGCCAUUGUGCGUGCUCGUCUCGGGCAAUCAUGGGUAACUGGGUAGAGAAUGAAGGACUGUCCAUCUUCGUCGUUCUUGUGUGGCUGGGCUUGAAUGUCUUCCUCUUUUGGUGGUACUACCUUGCAUAUGAUAUCCCACCAAAAUUCUUCUACACCAGAAUACUCCUUGGCCGUGCUUUGGCACUGGCAAGGGCCCCUGCAGCUUGUCUGAAUUUCAACUGCAUGCUGAUUCUGCUGCCAGUAUGUCGAAACUUGCUCUCCUUCCUCAGAGGAUCAAGUGCGUGUUGCUCUACCCGCGUCAGACGACAGCUGGACAGGAACCUCACCUUUCACAAAAUGGUGGCAUGGAUGAUCGCCCUUCAUACUGCAAUUCACACCAUCGCACACUUAUUCAAUGUAGAGUGGAGUGUGCAAGCCCGUGUUGAAGAGAAAGGAACUCUGGCAGCUGUGCUUUCUAGCCUUGGUGAUAACCCAAAUGAAAGCUAUAUCAACUUUUUUAGAAAAACUAUUGGGAAUCCUGUGGGGGGCCUGUAUGUGGCUUUCACGUAUUUGGCUGGUCUCACUGGCGUUAUCAUCACACUGGCCCUCAUACUAAUCAUCACGUCAUCCACCAAAACCAUCCGAAGGUCGUAUUUUGAAGUAUUUUGGUACACCCACCAUCUCUUUGUCAUCUUCUUCAUUGGCCUUGUCAUCCAUGGUGCUGGGCGUAUUGUACGGGGCCAGACAGCUGCGAGUCUGGCUGAACAUGAUCCAGAGAUUUGCUACAAGAACUUCACUCACUGGGGGAAGAAGGGGGCUUGCCCAAUCCCCCAGUUUUCAGGGAAUCCUCCUAUGACAUGGAAGUGGGUAGUAGGUCCCAUGUUUUUGUACCUGUGUGAGAGGUUGGUGCGGUUUUGGAGGUCACAGCAGAAGGUUGUUAUCACAAAGGUGGUCAUUCAUCCCUUCAAGACAAUUGAGCUCCAGAUGAUGAAGAAGGGCUUCAAGAUGGAGGUCGGGCAAUACAUUUUUGUCAAAUGUCCAGCAGUGUCUAAACUGGAAUGGCAUCCAUUUACAUUAACCUCUGCUCCAGAAGAGGAUUACUUCAGCAUUCACAUCCGUAUUGUAGGAGACUGGACAGAGGGCUUGUUCAAUGCCUGCGGAUGUGAUAAGCAAGAAUUUCAGGAGGCAUGGAAGUUGCCCAAAAUAGCUGUGGACGGCCCCUUUGGAACAGCGAGUGAGGAUGUAUUCAGUUAUGAAACUGUUAUGCUUGUUGGAGCUGGAAUAGGGGUCACCCCCUUUGCAUCUGUACUCAAGUCUGUCUGGUACAAAUACUGCCACGAUGCGACCAACCUAAAACUCAAGAAGAUUUAUUUUUACUGGCUUUGCAGGGACACUCAUGCUUUUGAAUGGUUUGCUGACCUCUUGCAAUCUCUGGAGGCUCAAAUGCAGGAGAGGAAUAACGCAGACUUUCUCAGCUAUAACAUCUACCUUACAGGCUGGGAUGAAUCUCAGGCCACUCACUUCGUAAUGCAUCAUGAAGAAGAGAAAGAUGUGAUUACAGGCCUUAAACAGAAAACCUUGUAUGGAAGACCUAACUGGGAAAAUGAGUUCAAAACUAUUGCGGGGAAGCAUCCUGGCUCCAGAAUAGGUGUUUUUCUCUGUGGACCUGAGGGCCUUGCUGACACACUCAACAAGCAGAGCAUCAGCAACUCAGAAGCUGACCCACGAGGAGUACACUUCAUUUUUAACAAGGAAAAUUUCUAACUCCCAAGCAUGUGGGAGUCAUUCAAUACAAAGUCUAAAGACUGGAUCUCUUUUUCUGUUUGGAGUCUGGGAAGGACAGCCCAGCUUCUAAUCUCAGCUACACUAACACAAAUCCCUUUGCUGCUUGGGAAUUAUUUUGGCUCUGUGGUAGAGUAAAAGAGUCAAGUUUUACCUUAGGGAAGUUUGCACUGCCCUCUGCGUCCUGGCAAUUUAGUAGAAAUCUAUUUUCUUUGUCUGUGUGAGGAUAUUUCCCCUCAAUUAACUGCUUUUAUCCUCCUAUUAUUCAUAAUGACUGCCGAAGGGUCUAGGCAGCCAUAUGCAUUUGGGAGACAAUUCACGCUGAUAAAGCUUAAUGCUAUUAAACAAUAAAGCGUUCUAGCAUAAUGCUUGCUAUUAGGAGACAGCUUAUCCUGGCUGCAGCCAGUACCUGGAGCUACGGGGGUUUGGGGAAGGGUGACUGGGAAAGAUUGUUCCUUGCAAGAGGAAAUCUCCUUUGCACACCAGCAUCUUUCAGGCUUCCGAAUACAAGCCUAAACAUCUUGUCCAAGAGAUAACGCAGGCAGCUGAAAAGCAACUGUUCCUCUUUAGGAAAGCAGAGAACUGGAAAGGAACCACCUGGAUUUCUGAGUCCCACCCCAGCUGUGGGGGGAUGACGAGGACAGAGUCAAACCAAGUCCCGCACCUGGCACGUGAGCCAUCGCUUGGCUGCUUCGAACACUCUCGGUUUCACAUCUUCAAAUUCACGGUACAGGGAUCCAGACAAGAAGAGAUUUUGUGUUUUCAAGACUGCCAUUUCUGAUUUUCAAGGCUGAAGAAACUUGUUGCUAAAUGAUUUAAUAGGUAUUUUCUGAAGCAUUUUUAAAUGCAUACAGUGCUUUUGGCCCUAUUGUUCAGCUGUUCCUCUUUGACAGUGAACCAGCUUUGAGAAAGCAAUGAUCAUGUGGGCAGUAGCUGGAAUAGCUAUGAAUAAAGUUUCUGAUGCGUAUAAGACACCCAUA